GCCGCCUGUUGUAUCAUGGACCCAGGGAAGCGCUUCUUCUCCGGCUCCCGGCACGGAGGCCUCGGGCUGCUGCAGUGCUUGUACAUAACGGCGGUGUGCCUGCUCCGCACCGGCCAUGGCUACGCCAUCCCGCUGCAGCGUCCUCAGGACUGCACGGCGCAGCAGUACUACCAGCCGGGGAACCUCUCCUGCGUACAGUGCCCGAGCACACAGCGGCCCAGCCAGCACGGCCUGUCCUGUGAGUGUCUCCCCGGAUAUAAGCUGCUUUCCAAGAAUGAUAAUAGUGUCAGCUGUCAGAAGUGUCCUGACAGCUUGGGAGUUACAACCGAUGGGUGGAAUUGUAUUAAAUGUCCGGCUGGAUUAACGUCAUACGGCAGCUGCCAGUGUCCUUCUGGGAAGAUCCUCGUGGAAAGAGAUGUAAACGGGACAUUGCUGCAUGAAGCGGAAUGCAUCUACUGUGAUGGGUCAGAGCCGUCCUUUACAUGGCCUGAUGCUUCUGGAAUUCGGUGUGAGAGGUGUCAUCAGACAUUUAUCAAUAGGACCAACUCCUGCAACUGCUACCAACCAAUUAUUUCUGCUGGUGGCAUAUGCUUCAGUGACACAGGUCCUUUCUUGUCUAGACUUCUUUCAACUGUGCGAUUUGGGCAACUAGGAAUAAUAUUACGAUCUGAGUGGCUUUCCGCGCACUUGCAGGCCGCAGCAUCCGCUUGUCUGCUGUACUCCAACCAGACAGCAUGUCAAGCAUUAGGGAACAUGUGUGUGAUGAACAUGCAUUCUGUAAGCCCCCAGAGCGCCGACCCGUGUGGUGUAUUUCGGUACAUAUUCACCAAUACGGCUGCACUUGGAAUAGUGCAUUUCAUUCCUUUCUGGAGAACUAAUAUCCCAUGGUUGUAUUAUGAUGACCAGCCAGGUUUAGCAGCCCGGGUCCUUACAGCCUCUUCAUUUCCGGAAAACUUCAGCUUUAAGUUAAAUGACCGGGGACGGAACACAAGAAUAAAAUUUUUAGCAGCUGUAUAUGAUGUUCGUGGAAAGUUCAUGGGAUGGAGGUCUUUGAAUGAAGGGCUGUUACAACUUUGUCCUGAUAUUGACAAACGUUUGGAUGCUGCAUUUAUUUUUGGAACAGCUUAUGAACAAAAUUGUGAAAUGUCCAUCUCCAAGCUUCUGCACAAUCAUCCUGAACCCACGUUUUUUGAUGUGUAUGUAACCUAUGGGGGGAGUGAUGGACAGCAGAACAUAUGGCCUGUGCCUGUCUUAAACCUAAACCUGCAGCACAAUGACCAAUUUAUCAAUACAGGAAAGAAUAUUAACAGCUGGAUCCUGACACGUCGCAUAUUGUUGGUUGACUCACUAAGUGGGCGAGAGAACACACUAACCAGCUUACCACGUGUAAUCCGAAUUGCCAGCAAAAUAACCUUCAGUAUCAGCCUUGUACCCGGAACACAUAAAGGAACAAUCUACCCUCCGCUGAUGAUCGUUGAAUACACAGAUGUACAAGUACAAAACCGAGACAACCAGAUUGUCCAGGUUUCCUUCUCAAUACAGUACGAGAUGAAUCAGUCAGACUUUCUCAUCCAGACAGAUGUAGCUUUGGGAGUGCUGGGUGGUUUAGCCGUCCUGUGGUCCCUUCUAAAAACUGCAGCCUGGAAAAGAAGAAUCGGUAGUCAAGUGAUUGACCUGCAGACUGUUACUCAGUUUCUGAUAUUAUAUGCUGGAGUUUUGGCCAAUGUGUUUUUCGUGGUGACUGUAGGCACUGGAUUAUACUGGCUGCUGUUAUUCAAAGGCCAGCAGCACGUCUCUGUCUUGUUACCUCUACCCAAUGAUGAAAAAGACUUCAUAACUUAUGUAUCGUGCGCUUUUACUCUGAAGGCUCUACAGUUCCUGCACACCCUCUUCUCACAGCUUUCCAUCCAUAUUUUCUUCAUUGACUGGGAGAGACCAAAAAACAAACCAUUAAAAUCUGAAGGUGCCGAAAAAUCUAGCAUUUCUCCAGUGAGUAUAUGGAGGACGUACUUCAUAGCAAAUGAAUGGAAUGAAAUCCAGACUGUGCGCAGAAUCAAUCCUCUCUUUCAAGUUCUUAUCGUCCUAUUCUUUCUUGAGAUUGUUGGUUUUGAAAACCUAGCAUUGCGGGACCCUUCUUCCAGCCUGUCCAGAGACGCACAGGAUUACAUAGCCCCGUGGAGCCGCAUUUUGCGGUAUGGCGUGGCUACUGCCUUGUGGCUCUCUAUCGGUACUUUACAGAUUCUCUUCUUCUCUGGAAUUUAUGAAAGAUUUGUGAAAGACAAAAUCCGACAGUUUGUUGAUUUGUGUUCCAUGAGCAACGUAUCAGUGUUCAUACUGUCUCACAGAUGCUAUGGAUACUACAUCCACGGCCGCUCAGUCCAUGGACACUCGGAUACAAGCAUGGAGGAGAUGAACAUGAAUUUAAAGAGAGAAGCGGAGAAUUUGUGCAGCCAACGAGGGCUACAGCCAAACACGGAUAUUCAGACAUUUCAGAUUUCUAUUUCAAGUCGGACCCGGUCUCAGUUUGAUCGGAUCCAUGAUAAUUUUAUAAAGAAUCGUGGACCUUCUCGAUUUCUACACAGUUCUACAUCUGUAUCAGAACAGAGCACAAAAGCAUAUUACACCAUGAAUAAAUUCCUCAGUUCCUUCAUUGAUCAUGCCUUUAAAGAGAUGGAUUACUUUGUGAAAGACAAGCUUCUUCUGGAACGAAUACUCAGCAUGGAAUUCAUGGAGCCAAUGGACAGAAGUAUCUUUUACAAUGACGAAAAUCAUUCUUUUAGCGACGUCCUCUUCUAUGGUCAUGAAUCAACACUCCUGAUCUUUGACACGCUGUUCUUCUGCAUUGUUGACAUCAUGUCGCAAAACUUUGUUCUGGCUGCUGUUAUCACCUAUCUGCAACAAGAAUGUUUCCGGUACAUCCGUGGUGCCAUAGGACAGAAGAAUUUGGCAUCCAAAACCCUUAUAGAUGAAAGGUUCUUGAUUUAAAAAUGUUUAGGAGCUUUCUACCAUUUAAAGCCUCAGGACCAUUACGUGUUGCAAACAUUACUUUUCUAUUGCAGAUAAAAAAAAGUUUUUAACCUCUUCACUACUGAGCCACUUUUCACCUUAAAUCCCAGGCCGAUUUUUGCAAAUCUGACGUGUCACUUUAUGUGGUAAUAACUUUAAAA